GAGAGAGAGAGCGGGAGAGAGAGAGGUGUGCUUUCUCUUUGUACUGACUGAAGAGUUGAGGUCGUUGUGGACUCUGCUGCCGCCGCCGCUGCCUCCUCUCUUUUAUGUAAGCAGAGUUUACACGCGGCUGUAAAUAGCACAAUAAGCCGGUCGCACUUUUCGUUUGGCCGUUACUUGUCGCUGGCUUGUGUGUUGUUCUGUGCUAGUUUUUUUGAGAACCGUCUGACCAACAAAGCGUGAGGUCCAGGCUGUGGUGCUUCUCCUUCUUCCCCCUCUGUGGAUUUUUACACUCACACAUCCAACACCAGUCGUGGUUUUUCCCUCAGUUUUUUUCCAGUCGCUGCGUUUUCUCGCCUCGUUCUCCUUCUUUCAACACUUCCACACCUCCGGGUUUUCCUCCCCUCCCUCCCUCCCCCUUCUACCCCCCUCAAAAACCGAGCGACCAUGGCUGCUGUAACGAGCCCGGAGACGAGCCCUCAACCCCGGGUUUAUUUCCAGACGCCGGAUGCUUCCGAACCGGAGACGCCGGUUCGCAAGCAGGGACGUGUUACGGUCAAAUACGACCGCAAGGAGCUGAGGAAGAGACUGAACCUGGAGGAGUGGAUUAUCGACCAGCUAACGGACCUGUACGACUGUGAGGAGGAGGCCAUCCCAGAACUGGAGAUAGACGUGGACGAGCUGCUGGAUAUGCCCAGUGAUGUUGAACGAGCAGCCAGGGUCAAGGACUUGCUGGUUGACUGUUUUAAACCUACUGAGGACUUCGUCUCCGAGCUGCUGGACAAGAUCCGAGGGAUGCAGAAGCUCUCCACGCCUCAGAAGAAAUGAUGGCAUCCCUCCUCCUGCUCUGCCUCCUCCCUACAUCCUCCCGCCCUCACCGCUCAUCUCUUCCAUCGCUCCCCUUUCUUUUUGUCUUCUGUUUCAGUACCUUCCUUUUUUCCUCUCUUCAUCCCUCCUUUUUCUCAAGUUGCCUGGAUCCAGUCCCAUAAAUCACUUCCAUUUAGUUGUUUUUUUUAACUACCCCUCUAGGUCAUUGAAUAACUCUCUAUCAGAAAGCAUAAAGAAUUAAUAAGUGAUUAAGAGUUUCAAUGGCACUUCUUAAAACCAGGCACUCUCCUUCCUUCCUUCCUUCCUCCAUCCUUUAUUUGGCUUCACUCCUCUCCUCUCGUCCAGCUCUUCCUUCUUUCCACCCUCCGCUGCGCUACUCUCCAUCCUCCAUCUGUCUGAGGAGGAAGAGGAGGGGAGCUGCGAUGAGACGAAUCCCAUAAUUACUGGGAGUAGGAUGAAUCAGAGUAGCCAAGAAAAGAGUGGAUGGGUGAACGAUGAUGGAGGGAACAGCAGCCUAUCACUGCUUAUAUUCCCCUUUUAUGUUAUCUGUGAGGGAAACUGUAUCUGAUCCAGCUCCCAAACGUCCUCCUUCUGCCAUUUCCCUCUUCAUUUUGAGGGCACGGGGGGAAUACUCACUUGAAUUUAGUCUUUAUGUGAAUCAGGCUAACUGUUGGGGGGUCAGUGAGCAGAUAUCUUCACCUUAAUCAAAGGCAUUUGCUACAGUGGUGCAUUGAAACGAAGAAUCUGUUGGAAAAACAAGCUGCACUAUGUAAUUGUGGGAGGAAAUCUGAACCUCUGACCACAAGGAGUAUUGUAUGGUGUAUUUUUAGUCCAGCAAAGAGGCUAAUUUGAUCCUUGAAGCUCAAAGAAAGUCACUGGUUGGCUGUGGUGGUGGUCAUAUUAUCCAAAACCAAUUUUAGACUUUAAAAACACAUCUUCCUUUUAGAGUUAGAAGUAGGUUAUUUUGGGUUGGCUGUGCUUAACUUGAAUUCAAAUUCUUGCAAAAAAAAAAGAAGAAAAGAAAAGGUUUUUCUUUUCUCCAAUACGUAGUGCUGUCCUAAGAGAGGCUUUGUAGAAGCCCCUGCUGUCCAGCCUGCACACACACACCCUACGUACAAGGUCUGUGUGUUGCUAAAUGCUACGUGUGUGGGGUUGUUUUUUAGGCCUGUAUAUUCUGCUGUUCUGUAUGAAAACUUUGAAUUUUAGUGUAGGACUGGUUCCUGGGGGUUUUUUUUUGUUUGUUUUUUAAAAAAUACACAUACACACACACACACACAUGCACACACUGACAGUUCAACAGAGGACCUGGAACAAAGCUGCCUUGUUUUUUUUCUUUCUUUUGUCUUUUUUUUUUUUUUACAUCCCCUCCCCUGCUCGGACUCUUUCUCACAGUGUUUCCCUUUUUUCUACGAAAUCAUAGAGUCCUCCACAUUGUUUUGAGUUUGGCGGACAUUCAGUCCGCCGCGGUCACAUGUUGUGUAGAUGUGGGAACUCUGAAAAUGCCUUUUUACAUCAGUCCAGCCACCAACGAGAUGUGAAUAUGAAGGAUGGAGGCCGCUCUUUUGAAUUUGAAUGUGUCUAAAUGAAUUCGCCGCUCUCUUUUUCCUCCAUUUUUCUUUCUUCUUCUGCUCUCUUUCUCUCACUCUCUCUCACACACACACACAGAGACCACCCUUGGGGCAGAGGAACCACAUUCACAAACACAGUUGCCUCUUACACAGAUGCACACACUCACACACAAGUGCAGAGAGAAAAGAGGAGAUUUUCCGUUUUGCAGCUGCCAAUCAUCUCCCAGAAUAAGCCAUCUGUUUCAGAUUCUAAGCCAAUCAGAUCGAAGGCCAAAGCCCAUCGGCCAAUAGGAGGAGCAGCAACAUUUGCUGUGACCAUUUGCCGACGACACCUGCGGUGACAGCAGCCCUCCGAUCUCUUCGUCUUUAUCUCUCAGCGCACGCACACACACACACACACACACACACACUGUGGCCCAUUUUCUUCUUGCUGCUCUGUCAUUUCUCCCUGGCAUCCACUCGCUCCUCUAUCUUCAUCCCUCUGUUCGCCCUCCCUUUCUAUUCUUCUUCAUUUUCUUCUUUAAGAAACAGAUGUUGCCUUAGGUAUUAUUUAUGUUACACAAACCAAAUAAACGGGAGACAUUCAUUUUUAUUAAAAAAAAAAGAAAAGAAAAAAGGUAACGCAAACUGCUAAGGCGCCGUGUUACUGAGCAGAAAUGCCAAGCGUGGAGAAUCCGAGAUCUUCUCUCGCUCCGUUUCUGUCUCCUUUUUGAAAAACAAAAUGAGAUUCUGUUUCUUUUUUUUGUUUUUUUUUAGAAGUGUGUGUUUAGUACUUAGGCCUUGAUACAGUGAUUUUUGUUUAGAUGAACCAAUGUUCUUUGCCGUUACAUUGAAUACAGGUCUUUUAUUGUGAUCAUGACACUUCUUGAUGACAUGCCUUGGAUUAACAUGACGUUUAAACAAAAAUCCAUUCAGAUUAACGUUGGUGUUGUUUGGUUUUGUGUUCCAAAUCGAAUCACCGUCUAAAAUCUGAAUGGAUUUUAAUUUCUAAAUCCAGGUUUGGAUUGUACCUUCUUAGACUGUUAUUGAGAAGUCUGUUUUUUUUACUGUUGUGGAAAAUUGCAAAAAAAAAAAAAGAUAUAUAUACUUAUAAUUAUCAUUGAGGCUAAAUACAAGAGCUAAACUGUGGGGAUUGAAGGAGUGGUGGUGUUUUCUUUUGGUUUUUUUGGACAAUGAUUAGAUCAAACCAACAAACAAAUGUAGCAAUAUCAACAACAGGUCUUGUUUUUGCCCAAUUUUGUUACACUUUUAUGCAACUUUAAUAAAAACAUGUGAAACUGA